ACCCACAAGAAGCCUAAUUAUACACACCCAUAAAAUAUAGUUUAUAAACAUUCACACACCCACAAGAAUCUUGCAUCAUUCUACGAUUCACUCAACCCACCGAUCUUUCUAACACAAUUCAAGAACAACCCCAAUUCAAGAUUUUUAGGAUCCGUUCGAUGUGAAGAGGGUUUGUUCUGUUUGUUGUCUUAGGGUUAACUGAUCGUUGCUGGUUUUCAUUUAUUAAGAUUUGGGAAAGAUGGAUUUGGAUUAUAAUGGGGAUUCGGGUUUUCUUGACCCGGAAUUGUUACAGCUGAAUGAAGUGUCUUGUUUGGCUAUUAAGUCCAACCCUUAUGUUGCCCACAAGCUGUUCGACCAAUGGCUUUCACUUCCUGAAACCACCCUUUUGGUGAAAUCUUUAUUUAACAAGGCUAAAACGGGCGUUCCGUUAAAUAUAACUGGAUCAGUUUCCAGCCCAAAAGCAUCUUCCGGAAAUUCAGUACCUCCACUUUCACCAAGAAGUUCAUCAUCGGGUUCUCCUCGAAUCACAAAACCGAGGGUGGGCCCAUCUGUAUUAGGUUCUCCAUUAAAAGUACUAAGCGAGCCCGUCAAAGAGUUAAUACCUCAGUUUUACUUUCAAAAUGGCCGCCCACCCCCUAACGAAUUAAAAGAACGAUGUUUGUUUAGAUGUAAUCAGUUUUUCUAUGGUCAUCCUGAUGGCCUACAAUUGCACGAAUUUAAACCGCUUACCAAGGAAAUUUGCAAACUACCGUCUUUCUUUUCGGCUGUUCUUUUUAAAAAGAUUGACGUUGCAGGCACUGGCGUUGUGACCAGGGAUACUUUUGUCGAUUACUGGAUCAAUGGUAGCAUGUUGGUUAAAGACGCUGCUACCCAGAUAUUUACACUAUUAAAACAGCCAGAUUUGAGAUAUUUAACUCAGGAGGAUUUUAAACCCAUACUCCGGGAACUAUUGGCAACUCAUCCUGGUUUGGAGUUCUUACAGGGCACACCUGAAUUUCAGGAGAGAUAUGCUGAAACGGUAAUAUACAGAAUAUAUUACUACAUGAAUAGAGCCGGUGAUUCUUGUCUUACCCUAAGAGAGCUAAAACGUGGAAAUUUAAUUGCUGCAAUGCAACACGCAGAUGACGAAGAGGACAUAAACAAAGUUUUGAGGUAUUUCUCGUACGAGCAUUUUUAUGUUAUCUACUGCAAGUUUUGGGAGCUUGACACCGAUCAUGAUUUCUUGAUUGAUAAAGAGAAUCUUAUACGAUACGGUAACCAUGCACUCACAUACAGAAUCGUUGACCGAAUAUUUUCCCAGGUACCAAGAAAAUUCACCAGUAAUGUUGAUGGGAAAAUGGGAUAUGAAGAUUUUGUUUAUUUUAUUUUGUCUGAAGAGGACAAAUCAUCCGAGCCGAGUUUAGAAUACUGGUUCAAGUGCGUAGACUUGGAUGGGAAUGGGGUGAUUACUAGAAACGAAAUGCAAUUCUUUUAUGAAGAACAAUUGCAUCGGAUGGAAUGCAUGGCCCAAGAGCCCGUACUUUUUGAGGAUAUAUUGUGUCAGAUCGUUGACAUGAUUGGCCCAAAGGAUGAGGGAUAUUUUACCCUCCGUGAUUUGAAAGGAAGCAAACUUUCCGGAAGUGUUUUCAAUAUCCUUUUUAACCUUAAUAAAUUCAUGGCCUUUGAAACUCGUGAUCCGUUUCUCAUACGUCAGGAACGUGAGAAUCCAACAUUAACAGAGUGGGAUCGGUUUGCACAUCGGGAGUAUAUUCGGCUGUCAAUGGAAGAAGAUGCUGAUGAUGCCUCUAAUGGUAGUGCAGACGUGUGGGAUGAAUCUUUCGAGGCACCCUUUUGAGUUACAAUUGCGAAGCGGCUUAUUAAGAUGGCAGGUUGAAUCGAAGAAUUCUUUAAUUUACGUUGUGGUCAACAAAAGAAUGUAAAGUUUUCGGAUAUAGUGACCGAUUAUGCUCAACAUCAUGGUGAGGAGGUCAAUCUGCUACCAGAAUUUAGGUUUGAUUUUCCGGCAGAAGAAAACGGGCUAUGAAGUUACUCGGGUGCUUUGAUUGGAAGCAUUUAGUGUUUUUGGCAACUUAUUAUUAGCAUUGUCCUUAAGUAUAGCUAUGUUUCAAUCAAUAGAUGUCUUUUUCACAAUUUGUUCAUCAAACAUUAACGGGGAUAGUCUGGUCCGGUCCCAAGAGAUUAUCAUGUAUGAAUGAGAGAGGAGAUUAUCAAGUGAUGUAAUUAGGGCUUCUUAACUAUCCAUGCUAGAUUUAACUCGAGUUCAGGCUUGAAGUUAAAGGGGUCUGCUAGGCUAGCUUGAAAGAAAACUCUUAACGAGCUGAAAUUUGAGCUCAAACUUGGCUCGGAUAAAUCUCAAGCUAGCUUGCAUAUUUUAAAAGUUUUAAA